UGAAGAAGUACGGAAUAACGACGAGAUCACGAGCAAAAAAUAGUAAAGCGACGACGACUGACGUAGAGACGACGACGACGGACGUAGAGACGACGACGGACGAACAGACGACGACGGACGAACAGACGACGACGGACGCAAAGACGACGACGGACGCAAAGACGACGACGGACGCAAAGACGACGACGGACACGAUGAUGAACGAAACAGGGAGUUCCACGACGAUAAUCGGGGUUAAACAACAGACGAACACACUUAUAAGGCGCAUUCAGUUGGCAGAAUUUAAUUUGUUUCGACGGCAGUUACCGAUGAAAAUCGACGAGAUCGAUGAUUUGUACGAAGAAUACAGCGACGCAGUGGCGCAAAGUCUUAACGACGACGAAAACGAUGAAGAAAUCGAUAGGUUAAUGAUGCAAAAAGAAGUAGUCGAUCGGAUGUUCGCAUAUAUGAGGACAAUACAGAUGAUUCAGAAGCACAUUACGGAGUACGAAGCGGGAAGAUCAAUAGUUGCUAACGUGGACGAUAUAAAAGAAGGAAUUAAACACAUCAAGUCGAUACAAAAGCAAUUUCCCCAGAUCGAAGGUCGACAACGUGAUCUAAUCAAUAAAUGGGCGACAAUAGAAGUAGCGAUGAAUCAAAAUGUAAGUGAAGUAUUGACAUCAGUUCCACGACAAGAACAAUACAAUGGUAGAAGUACGCCGAUAGUCGAAUCAAUACAAGGUGCAGAUGAAAACGAGACAGUGAUGAAUCCGCAACCAACAAUAUGGCCGAAUUAUACACGCUGGAAUCCACGACCGGGCGCUGUAAGAGUACAAGCAAAACAAAUUCAAAAAUUCUCCGGCGAUCCAAUCGAUUAUCAUAAAUUUCGUGAAGAUAUUGAACAUUACAUAAUCAACAAUCCUGAAAUUGACGGCGCAAAGAAUAAACUGAAAGAAAUCCAAGAUCUGUUGCCAACAAAACAUCGUUACUUGUUAAAUCGCAUCGAUCGUAGCAAUAUCAAAAUGGACGAAAUCAAAAAGGUAUUAGAUCAGCAUUAUGGUGGGCGCCAUCAAAUAAUUCCCGCAUUGACGAGAAAAAUUCAAAGUGCUCCGUAUAUAUCGGCUCGCCCACAAUUAAAAGAUUACGAAGCAAUGUUAGAAGUAGUGAUAUCCAUCGUCGACACGUUAAAUCUAACGAAUUUGAUGUCCGAAGACUAUCAUCUGUCUACCUAUGUCAUGUCGAAAAUUGACGAAAUUCACCAUCAACAUAUUGGAGAUGACUACGAAUUAAGUCUUGAUCAUAUCGAAAAAUUUCUACGACGAGGGUUGAACAGGAAACAAGCACUGACUGCACGAAUGAAUACAAAUCCAUAUAUCGUAAGGGAGCGACAACGAAUAAUCAACGGUCGGCAGCCAAUUAAUGUGAUGAUGACCACCAAUCCAAACAGAUGCUUCUUCCAAGACGGUGAUCACACGACAGACGAAUGUCAACUAACAAUGGAUCAACGUAGACAAUUUAUCAUAUCAAACCGAUUGUGCUUCAGAUGCGGACAAGAAGGUCACAACAGUCGAGAAUGUACAACAACAAAUAGAUGUCGUAUAUGUGGGCGAAAUCAUGUUCCAUAUUUGUGCUACCAACGAACAACCAUACAUCGACAUAUCGAAACUGAUAGACCAAUCAAUAAUCAGUUAAUAAAUUCGGCAGCAGCUGAACCAGUGGCAACGAAUAGUCAACCAUCGUUGCUAACACAGUCCGGACGAAGUAUGCACAAAACCCUGGUUACCGAAAUAAACGGGGAAACAGUGCGGGUAGUAUUCGACGAAGGAGCAAGUUCAUCAUUCGUAUCAUCAAGAUUAGCUGAAAAAUGGAAUGCCGAAAUAAUUCGUGCAGAACCAAUAUUCAUGGAUACAUUGAGUAAUACUGGACCAACGACGACAGGACAUUUGAUGAUAAAAGUAAAAAUGCCGACAUGGGAUGGGCGUCAUAAAGAAUUAGGAUUCCGAAUAAACGAUAAAAUCGACAAGUUAAAUUUCGACUGCAUCAAUGCCGAUCAACAAGAGUAUAUUCGACGAUUAAAAAUAGAUUUCAAAGACGAACAACGGGUGGUCGAGAUGUUAAUUGGUUUGGACAAUAUAAAUCAAAUACAACUGGCGGAAGAACGACGAUUAUCGAAAGACGUAAUGGCGAAACGCACAACAUUGGGAUGGGUGGUAUAUGGCGUAUCGAAGAUCACAAACGUGCUGCUCAAUUUGAAUCAAUCAUCGAUGAUAGAAUCAGCAUUAGACGUAGACGUUGAAACCGAAGAUAAAGUAGCUAUGGAAAAAUUUAUCGAUGAUUAUUGCAACAACAAUAAUGUAAAAUAUAAUUCGACAACGAAAAGAUACGAAGUGAAAUUACCGUUCAUUCCCAACGUAGAAGUGGAAUCAAAUUUCGAAGAAGCUAAAAGACAAGUGAUGGGAAUGGUAAAAAACAUGAAAGUCGACAGACGAAAACAGUAUCAAGAUUUAAUCAACGACCUGAACAGAGACGAGAUUAUAUCGACCACCGAAAUCGUGCCAAAAAUUGGAUAUCAUAUGCCACAUUUCGUCAUCACCAGAAACGACAAAAAUACGACUAAAAUGCGAAUGGUAUUUAAUGCAUCGAACGGUACUAGACCAUUGAACAAAGCGAUUUUUAAGGGAGUACUUGGAAUCGAGUGGUCGGAAAGUGAUAACAUGAAAGUAUUGAUGCCAGAAUGGGACAACAAAAAGAACAUAACCAAACGAUCAUUAUUGCAGUACCACGCGUCAAUAUACGACCCAUUCGGAUUUGUGUUAGCAUCGACAUUAAAAUUAAAAUUGCUGAUCCAUAAAGUCUGGACGAAGAAAUAUGAUUGGGAUGACGAAUUAGAUGAAUCAUUACGAAUCGAGGUACGAAAAACCAUGAGCGAUAUCGACGAAUUAAAAUCAUUCGAGUUUCAAAGAAAAGUAUUUGACGAUCAUACUACCGAUUUCGAACUAUGGAUUUUUGUCGACGCCAAUAAAGACGCUAUAGGUGCUGCGUGUUAUUUGUCGGACGGAAAUCAGAUAAGUCUUAUUUAUGCCAAAUCCAAAUUAAUCAAACCUAGAAAAAUAGUAAGCGGAGAACUGUUGGCAUUGGCAAUGGGUGCAAACAUCAGUCAAACGUUAUCAGAAAUAUUGCAUCCAAAACAGACGAUAUUAUGGUCAGAUUCUAUGGACAACGUCAAACGACUGGAGGAUGACAUCAACAAAUACACGUAUCCAGUGGCAGUUCACCUGUUCAAUAUAAAAUCAAAGAUAGCGAUUGUCCGACAUGUAAGUGGAAAGAAAAAUCCAGCGGAUGCAUUCACGCGUGGAGUACCCACACGUGAAUUAUAUAAAUUACACCGUUUAAAAGUAAACGAAAUCGUUGAUGAACAACCGGCAUCGAUAAUGAUACAAGUAGCGAACAAUGUCAACAAGGAACAACGAUUUGAUGUCUCAAAAUUUGAUUUAUCAACAAAACGGUCGUAUCAAUCAUGGUUAGAAUUAGUUGAACAACAACCAGACGAAUGGAAAUUAUCGAUCGAUGACAACAACGACGAAUUAACAAUAUUGAUCAAACUGAUCCAACAGCAAUUUAUAGACGAGCAAUUCAAGAAACAGCAACCGUUGUUCUAUGACGAAAAGGGUUUAGCACGGUGUUUGACCAGAUUGGAGCAUGCGGAGUUAGAAUACGACGAAAAAUAUCCAAUUGUAUUGCCGACGUGUGAAUUCACCAAAGCAUUCUUAGAAUAUCUACAUCAAAACGAUGAACAUAGUUCAGUAGCAUAUUCAUUGGCUAAUCUACGAUCAAAGUACUUUGUUCCACGUGCACGACAAUUAUUGACAAAGAUAAAAAAACGAUGUACAAAAUGUCGACAAAUGAAUACUAAACCGUUAAAAGUGUUCAUGGGAAAUCCACCAGUGGAAAGACUGGCACGUAGUGAUCCAUUUGAAAAUAUUGGCGUAGAUGCAUUUGAACUAAAGACAACACCGAAAACUACCGGAUUGAUUUUUACCUGUUGUGUGACCAGAGCAGUACAUUUCGAAGUACUCGAGAAAAUCACGUCCGAAGGAAUAUGCGACGCAUUCAUGAUCUUUGCAGCAUUACAUCGAACGCCGACAAUUGUGUAUUCUGAUCAAGGAACAAAUCUAAAACGUUUUGGAAAGAUGCUAAACGAGGCUUUCAAACUACUGAAAACGGAAUUCCAAUGGCGAUUUAAUACACCUGCAGCACCUUUUCGCGGUGGGUUUUAUGAAGCAUUAAUCAAAUCCAUGAAACGCGGGUUCCGUAGCAUUGUAUGGCAGAAGGAACCAAAAGCAAGUGACAUGCGAUUAGUAUUGUAUCGGAUACAAUCAAUGAUGAAUAGUCGACCACUUAUGCAGACUGAAUCACAUAUAUUGACGCCGAAUCAUUUGAUUUACGGAAAUAAUAAACGUUCUCCAAUGAUACCUCCAAGAAGAGGAAUGGCGGAUUGCUCAUUGGUCAAGUAUUGGCGACGGACCGAAAGAAUGAUAAAUUCAGCAUGGAAAACUUAUCGAGAUGUCUAUCUAAAGGAAUUGCGACUAUAUCACCAAAAUAAUAAACAUUACGAAUACGUGAAUGUGGGCGAUCAAGUAUUAUUAGUCGACGAAAAUACACCAAUUGGUUCCUGGCGUGCUGGUCGAGUAAUAGAACGAAUCCCAAAUAAAGAUGGCGUUUACCGGACGUACAAAAUCCAAGUUGAUGGUCGAGUGAUUGAACGGCCGGCGCAGAAGAUCGCGCUUCUCGAAGAAGAGGGGAGGAAUGUUGCCGAUACAAUGAACCUGACUAACUAAACUGGUAUCGACAUCUACAGGACGUUUGAUGAUCGUCAGCUGAUGUGUGAUGAUUAUAAAAGGCAGGAUCGAAAAAACAUAGUGUUGUUGUUCUGCCGCUUGUUUUAUGUGAAUCAUCUUGUAUUAUUUUUAUUAUGUUUGAUUUUCAUAAUUUAUCUCAAUAAAUA